UGAAGAGCAAAUCAAGCUUGUUAUAUAAACAUGAUUACAACAACAAAGGAGACGCCUUUUUGUUAAUUGACCACACAAAAAAAAAGGAGAUGCCUUUAGUCAUUUACCCGCCAAAACUCGUUCGCUUAAGCAAUUCCUCAUGAUGAGAUUCUCAAAAACUGGCCAUGGAUACUUCCAUCGGAUCAUUGUGUACCCAAGACCACCCAAAGCUAUUGCGUAUAUCCACAAUCUGGCUAAAACCCAAAACCCGGAGCUCGCUAGAUUAGGUUGCGUUGAUCCUCCAAGCUCGCAUCCAUGGCCCGAGUGGGUGGAUUUGAUGGGGAUGCUGGUGAAGAAAGGUUACUUCGGAGAAGGCGUGAAUAUGAGUUCCAAAGAAUCGAAUCAGAUUCGUACUGCCUGCCUCAAUUUUGCCCGCCAUCGUUUCACUCUCGUAAGAUACUUGUCGAAGAAAGACAUCAAAGUGAUUGCUGGGUGUGGAUGUCCUAGCACUGACAGGAAGGUCGUGAACUCAGGAAAGCGUCUAAGAGCUUAUGUCGGCAUUGAUGAAGGAAAUGUGUGUGGCUCUUGCAACUUGAGAGGGAAAUGCGAGAGGGCGUAUGCGCAAGCGCGAGAAGAGGAAGGUGCUCGAACGAUAGAUGUCAUGCGCAUACUGCUAACGUACGGGCUUGAUACUGUGGAGAACCGUGCUUGUCGAACCAAAUCUGUUGAAGACGCUGUGAGGAAUCUGCUGAGAGAAAGCGUUGAGUAUAGCUUGAAAGAUGUUGAGUCUGCUGAGACUGAGACAGCUCGAGAUGAAAGUGAUGAGAGAGACCCACAAAAAAGGCCAGGAGAUUGGCACUGUACAGAAUGCAAGUUCUUAAAUUUUGCGAGAAACAUAAGAUGCUUGCGGUGUGAUGUCUUCUCUGAGGAAAGGCUGAAACAGUUGAAGGAAGAACAGAGAGAUCAUCUCCCACUGAAGAAAGGAGAUUGGAUAUGCCAAACGUGCAACUUCCUGAACUUUGCGAAAAAUACGAUAUGCUUAAGGUGCAAAGAUAAGCCUUCUAUGCGUCAGAUUAAUCCGGGAGAGUGGGAAUGCGAGUCGUGCAAUUACAUCAACUUUAGAAGAAACUCGAUAUGUUUGAAGUGUGAUCACAAGAGACAAAAGUCUCCAAACGUACCGCCGGAUUCACAGACUGUUGGUGAUCGUCACAGCCGAGUUUCAAAGACGUGGAGUUUUGUGGAAGAAGAGAGCGGAAAACGAUGCAGUGGAGAAGACGAAGAAGAAGAGGAAGAAGAAGAAGAUGGGUUCAUGAGAUUUCCAGUGGAAGGAGGGAGAAGUAGUGUUUCAAGGAGUGCAGAAAAGAGAGAGCAAUGGAAGUUGGAGAUGGCAGAGAGGAUGAGAAGCAAUGGGACUGAGAAGAAAAAAGACGAUGAUGAGAAGGAGGACGAAGCAGAGUCAAGAAGACGCUAUGAUCGGAGAAAGAUUGAGCUUCUUGGUAACAGUAGUGAUGAUGAUGGAGAGAUGGAUGAUUGGUUUGUUUCAAAAUAAAGAUUAUAUCAUAUGUUUGGUUCUACUGUUUUUUUUUAUGUGCGUCUUUGGCUGGUUUUGGACAAUUUUGUGGUGAGAACCUGAAACGUUGGACGCAAAAGCUAAGCACUGCGCGUUUGCGUUUGCGUUUGAUAAUUGUAGUAGUGGCACUACUAACAAAAGAAAAUUGGAUUAGAGAAAUGCUUAUUAUUGCUACACUUUCAUUUUUGUCAACUACUAUUAGUUCUACACUUUCAUAUAUAUAUUUUAAUUAUUAGUAUACUAA